AUGGUUCGGGAUGGUUCGGGCUUCUUUGCAGUCACCCUGUUCGGGUUUCGCCCCCACAUGUCUGCACAGGAUGUCCUUCUCCAGCUGCACAGGGAUGUAAUACGACCCACAACUAUGCAACACAACGACAAAGCCAUCCUCGCCCUUGAACUGAAGGGGGCUUUCGACAAUGUUAAACACGGAAGCAUCCUGGCCAACUUGAGUUCUACCGAUUGUGGGGCUAGGGCCUACGCGUAUGUAAGAGAUUUCUUGACUAAUCGCCAGGCCUUCCUUCGGAUUGAGGGCGAGGAAUACGGCCCUUAUAUGAUGGGAACACGGGGUACCCCUCAGGGAGCGGUGUUAUCACCGCUCCUGUUCAACAUUGCUAUGAUGCGCCUCCCAAGCCAACUGGCCCGGGUGGAAGGCAUUCAACACGCGUUAUAUGCAGAUGACAUUACAAUUUGGACCACUGAGGGGAGCCUGGGGGACAUGGAGGCCCGCCUUCAGCAGGCCGCUUCCAUAGUCGAUGCGUAUGCUAUGGACUGUGGGCUCCAAUGUGCUCCAGCGAAAUCAGAGCUUCUGCAUGUCAGAUCGAACCCAAAGGAUAGGACAGCAAUUCACAUCUCUCUGUCAGGAGGUCCUAUUAGAGAGGUGGAGGAGCUCCGUAUUCUGGGCCUUUUCAUUCACCACAGACUCAGACCGGACUCCACCAUUGUGAAACUCAAGAGAGUAGGCGAACAGGUAGGGCGUAUGAUCCGCCGCGUUUCCAACAAGCGGGGCGGUCUGCGGGGCAGGGACGCGCUUCGGCUCGUCUAUGCCUUCGUGACUAGCCGGAUCCUCUACGCCGUGCCAUAUCUCCGCACUACUAAGCAAGACGAGGCGCGAAUAGACGCCAUCAUCCGCAAGGCAACUAAGCGAGCCCUGGAUCUCCCGGUGGCUACGUCUAAUGCCAAACUGAAGGCAUUGGGGGUGCUAAACUCCUACCAGGAGCUGCGGGAGGCCCACCUCGUGGACCAAUACACGCGGCUCAUGCAGACGGCCCCUGGGCGCCGCCUGCUAAACCGCUUACACAUCCAACACGACUGCACUCCAGAGGAGACGGAGCGUAUCCCAGUACUGUGGCGCCAUAUGCUCUGGGUCUCCCCACUCCCCCGUAACAUGGACACCGACAUGCACGAAAACAGACGACAAGCGCGGGCUCGGGCUCUUGAGAGAGAACACGGCUCCCGACCCGGUGUAUAUUAUGUAGACGUAGCAGGGCCGUCGCCCACUGGAUUUUACACGGCCGCUGUUGUUCACCAGGAAAUGCACGUCGAUGGACUCUCUUUUCGAGCCCCGAAUUCAAUGCGAGCCGAGGAAGUAGCGAUAGCGCUUGCUGCCGCCCACGCCAAUUCGAGAAUCAUCAUUACGGACUCCCGAAAAGCAUGUGAUCAUUACUUGGCUGGGGAGAUCUCCCCCUUAGCUGCUUGCAUUCUAAGACGGACUGCCACUGAUCCAACACCGAAAAGAAUCAUUUGGGCUCCUGGCCAUCAGGGCGUACGAGAUAAUGAGGCCGCUGACGCGGCUGCCCGAGCGCUUAUUUACCGGGCUCCUCAUCCCAGCUCUUCUGGCUCGGAGACUAACCAGCCGCUGCUGCGAUUCAGGGAAAUAAUAACGCAUUAUAGCGACAACCACCGCCUUUUCCCGGCCCCUGCCAAGGGGCUGAGUAAGACGGAGGAGCGAACUUUAAGGCGCCUGCAGACAGGUACUCUGCUCUGUCCUGCAAUCUUAAAGCAUUACGAUCCUAACACGGAUGGGCGAUGCCCGCACUGUGGGGAGACCUGUGAUAUCUUCCACAUGGUGUGGGCAUGUACUCAAAAUCCUCACCUCCCCCCUUCCCCUACCCCUUCCAGAGAGGCAUGGGAGACUGCCCUCCUCAACUGCUCCUCGCUUGAGUCCCAAAGGGCUCUGGUGAAACGGGCGAGAGACGGGGCAUUGUCAUGCGAUGUCCCGGACUAG